CAGAGUAAGUAACCUCUGUGAUCUGUGUUCAGUAUCAUCCACAAAUAAAUACAAAUAAUCUACCUAAUUGUUUCUAAGUUGUUAUUUAAUUGCAGUGGCUGAAUUGUAGGCCCUAUUCUUCGAUUUUUCCAGUGUUAUGUGAACAGUGAAGUAAAGUGCACUUCAGAGAAAAUAAAUGGGUAUUGAUGCACUAUUUGUUUGUGUGAAACCUGAAUUCCGUUCUGAGAAUUUUAAAAAUAUCCCAUUAUCAAUAUAAAUAACCUUUCAACGCCCAAUUGUGUGAAUUGAUAAAGUUGCCGUCAAGUGAAAACAAGCGUCUUUUUUGCAUACUUUCGAUACUUCCUAAUCACUCCCGGGAAAGGAAGCAUGCUUCAAUCGUAUAAUGGAAACUUUACUAGCUAGGUAUCAACAAAAAAUUGGAACAUAUGACAAACAGCUAUGGGAGACGAGAAUAGAGCAAAGGGAGCACCGAAUUUAUGGGCUGAACCACAUUCAAAUGCGCUCCGCCAAAGACAACACCGACUUGAUUGAUCUGGACUUAGUCAGAGGUUCUUCGUUUACCAAAGCCAAGCCCCAACAUGGGUUCGUUAAGGUGGCAAGGAUGGCGACGUUCAGAUGCUUCCUGAUGCCAUUCUAUGCCAAAUGGUGGAUCCGACAAACCUCCAGCAUAUUCUUUGCCUUUAUUUUGUUCCUUUACAUCGUACAAACGGUGAAUGUGGCGUUUUUCUACAUGUUCACGCAAAGUUCGGCUCCGAAUCCUCUGGAGGUAAGUUUCGGCAGCGGAAGCAGGGCCGGGGGCAUGUCAAUAGGACGCUUUCAGGGCAUUUCCUGGAUGGAAGUGGUUGUGCCGCUGCUGAUGGCUUGGCUUUUGAGCCUCAUCCAUUCGCAAAUAGUCGCCACUAUUCCCGAUAAGCAAAAGAGCCGCUCUGCAGCCAGCAAAAAGCUGCAUUUUGCCGAUGAAAUCAACAGCGGCAGCAACGGGAGAAGGUCUUCGCGCGUCAGCAAAGUUCCUUUGGAUCUUCAGUUCAAGUCCUACUCGCUUAGGCGCAAAUACAGGUCUUGGUUUAGGAAACGUACGAUAGACGAUGAUGGUUUUGAGAGUCUGGUUGGAAACGGAUCGAGAACAAGCGAGGACGAAAACAGUGGCAGCAAACCAAUUCGUGUGGUUUCCAGUUCACCCACGUCGAUCAAACCGGAGGUAUUUGAAGCCAGCGACGUGCCUGAACCAGGCGAACCUGCGGCUGUUCAGGAACCCAUUUGUAUUCACUGUAGUAGAGGCAGUCAAGAAGAUCAAUCUCUUGAAGAAGCCAACUCAAAUUGCACGUCUUGCCUCAAGUGUAAGAACUGGGUGAAACAUUUGGAUACGAGCGUGGUGAAAUCGUUGAGCUGCACCGAUUCGGAAAGCGAAAAUGAGGACAUCUUUAACUUCAAAAAGCCGAGCCUGCCGAAGAGGCGCAGCUCUACAGUGCCCACAAUAGCGAUUACUUCGGCUGUUGAUAGCAAUUGCGAUACAGAGAAUGAGGCCUGCGCUUCGCCUCGAGAUUGGACUGGAGUCACUACAAAUAGUGAAGAUUGCAGUAGUGAUUUGGAUGAUGUGUCCGACGCUGCCCCAGUGGAUCGAUCUAAUUUUUUUGUAGCGGAUGGGGACGCUAAUGUCUUCCUCAAUCCACCUUCGGUUAAAGCUAGUUGCAUGAUUUACGAGAGAGACGAUAUAAAAAAAGCCGACCUAUCGAUGUUGGACAUCAGUUCGAUUAUCAUUGGUAAAGUUGCGGCCAUGCAGUCCACUCCCGACUACUUCUACGCCGGAAUCGUCGUGUCCACGCUGUUGGCUCUUUUGCCUCUGCUCUGCCGUUUAACAGACGACGGAGGAGACGCGAAAAAUCUAUGGGAAGCGUGCAGAAAUUGCUCCUAUCGCCUGAUGCUAUCCGACUCGCCCCUAGAUGCCAUGCAAGUUGUUGUCGAAGAACUGCCCAAGAGGCUCCAAGAGUUUCUGGUCGUUGCGUUUGGAACAUCGCCAUGGGAGCGUUAUAUCGUCUUAAUUGCCAUGAUCCAACGAUUUAUCUUCGCUUGCAUGAUUUUCUUCCUGCUGGUGGUAGCUGAGCGAACCUUCAAGCAGCGACUUCUCUAUGCCAAACUGUUUUCUCGCUUGACUUCGUCUAGACGGGCCCGAAAGUCUGCAAUUCCCCAUUUCCGUCUCAAUAAAGUACGCAACAUCAAAACGUGGUUAUCGGUGCGAUCCUACUUAAAGAAACGCGGCCCUCAGCGAUCAGUGGAUGUGAUAGUUUCGACCGCUUUUGUUGUCAAUUUACUGCUGCUCGCUUUUCUUUGUGCGGAACUACUGAAGGAGACAGUGUCAUUUUCGCAAUACUAUCUGGAGGCUCUGAUCUGGUGCGUUGGCUUGGGGGUGAUGUUGCUCAGAUUCAUCACUUUAGGCACCAAAAUCAACAAGAAAUACCGGAACCUUUCGGUACUGAUCACCGAACAGAUCAACUUACAUCUGCAGAUCGAGCAGAAGCCGCAUAAGAAAGACGAGUUGACCGUUGCCAACAACGUUCUGAAGCUGGCCAUUGAUUUGCUCAAGGAGCUGGAAAACCCUUUCAAGAUAUCCGGCCUGUCCGCCAACCCGAUUUUAUACAACGUGACCAAGCUAGUGAUUUUGUCCGCUCUUUCAGGAGUGCUGUCGGAAAUGUUGGGUUUUAAGCUAAAGUUACACAAAAUCAAGCUGAAGUAAUGCUUUCAGCUUGAAUGCAACAAUUGUUCAAAAAAAUAUGCCAUUUUAGCUUCUAAUACAAGACACGACGUGUGCAGCUCGGUACCCACUCUACUUGAUCUUUUCUUUGGGAAAAACGCGAUUUAUUGCUUGUUUAGACUAGAAAACAGUGUGUGAAACUAGUUUAUUAUAGUCAAAUUUUCUUUGUACGAUGAGUUGUGAUUUAUCGGCAAGCACAGGGCAGAAAUAGAUUCUGUGAUCUUUCUAGUUGCAAAGUCAACGUUCUAUUAGUCCUGCGAGUUUAAGCAUAUGAACAUUGUAAGUGUAUUAUAUCCUAUAGGGAAGCAGGGAGGUUUUAACUUAAAUAUUUGGAUGUAUAUCCGUGUUAACGUUUUUCUUUUUAAUUGGUAAUGUUUCCAGACGAUAUUCAAGUCAAUAUGCUUAAGACUCGUGGACCCUUAAUUAAGCAAAGUGCGUUACUAGCGGCACGAUUUAAAGUGCAAAUUUCUAGUGAUAAUAAAUGUGAUUUAUCGUAUCCAGAUCUGGAUACCAACAUAGUAGUGUUCUAAGUGUUCUGAGCGCAAUCGGCUCGUUAAUGWUUUUGAUUCCUAUUAUACGAAUAAAGUUUAGUCGUCUUAUCAGUUGAA